AUCAAGCCAUUGCAGCACAGAACCGACACAUAAUCCUUAACCUCCUCUGCAUUCUGCAGCUGUUUUGUUCCAUCUCAACCUCAUUUCCCACGUAGCAUCACUUACAUAAACUACUCAAAAUAUUCAUACAAAAUGACCUCAACACUAGCCGAACAUAGCUGAACAUCAUGCCAUUGAAAAUUCCUUCUCCCCCGUCGUCGUCCUCGACCGCCACCGGAACCGUCUCAAUGGCCUUGGUCAUAGUCCUCUUCCUUUUCUCCUUCUUCGGGUGCUGUCCCUGUUCGGGCUCCUAUCUGCCCCGGCGCGAUGUGGAUCUCCUGGAGUUCCCCCUCAACUUGGAAUUCCUGGAAGCGGAGUUCUUCUUGUUCGGUGCUUUGGGCUACGGCCUGGACCGGGCUGCCCCGAACCUUACCAAGGGGGGACCCCCGCCAAUCGGGGCUCGGACUGCCAACCUGGACAUCGCAACCAGGGAUGUCAUCUUGCAGUUUGGACUGCAGGAAGUUGGGCACGUCAGGGCGAUACAGAAGGCAGUAAGGGGGUUUCCGAGGCCACUGAUGGACUUGAGUGCGGCUUCAUUCGGAAGGAUUAUGAAUGCGGCAUUCGGGCGGAGCUUGGUGCCUCCCUUCGACCCUUAUGCCAAUACAAUAAACUUCCUCCUGGCUUCCUAUGUCAUUCCCUAUGUUGGUCUCACAGGUUAUGUGGGUACAAACCCAAACCUUCAAGCCCCCUUCUCCAAACGGUUAGUGGCUGGCCUGCUGGGAGUUGAAUCGGGUCAGGACGCGAUCCUACGAGCACUGCUCUACCAGCGCCUGACCAUGAAAGUGGUGCCUUACCGAGUUACCGUGGCGGAAUUCACCAGCCGCAUAUCCCGACUGAGGAACAGGCUUGGAAGAGGAGGGCUGAAGGAUGAGGGCCUAGUGGUUCCCCCGUGGCUAGGGGCCGAGGGAAAGACCACGGGAAACGUACUUGCCGGGGACCGGUACUCACUCUCGUACCCAAGGACUCCAGAGGAGGUACUGAGGGUCGUGUACGGGACCGGAAACGAGAGCGCCCCGGGCAGUUUCUUCCCCAAAGGCGCCAGAGGCAGAAUUGCAAGAUCCCAUUUGCCUUCAUAGACUAACAAAGUAAUGUAAAAGAAAGUUCAUCUGCUGUUCUGUCAUGAGCCUAUAGUAAAGGGAACGGUUUAUCUACAAGAAUUGAUGUUUACAUUCAUAUCA